AUGCAGGACCAGGAUUCAUAUUCAAGUUUGAUAAGUGGUGUUAUGUGUGACUGUGUUCUGUUUGGUGCUGUAGGCUUGCAUGUGUUGUUUAUGUCUGAUUUUGAUGAAGAUUUCGAUGAGCUUGAGGAGAUUGAAGUGAAGGAUAGUUCAGUGCCUCCUCUGCUGGAUUUGCCUACUGAUGACUCACUGAUGGUAGAUGUCCAGAUUGAGACGAAGGACCAAGACGAAAAGCCUGAAGGUCAAGGCCGUCACGCUAAAGUCAAAAAAUCUCCUAAGCGGCGCAGGGUAACUCGUAAUAGGUCAGUUGUCUGGGCUCAUUUCUCCAAAUCUACACUGGCUAAUGGUGAAUAUGGGCUACGUGUAGUUAUUAAAAUCAUCAAUGAAAGUGAUGAUGAGGAUCAAAAACUAAUGGCUGAAAUGAUGAAGGGAAAUUUUGAUAAAUACUAUGGUGAGGUUAAGAAUCUGGUUAUUUUAAUGGCAUAUGUUUUUGAUCCUAGAAAUAAGUUGAGGUAUUUGGAUGUUGUACUUGUCGAUGUUUAUGGACAAGUGGAUGGGAAUGCUGUUGAGAAGGAAAUGAAUGCUGGUGAAUCAGAGACUGUGGAUUUGUCGUGA